GGCAGAGUGUAUUUGAACGGUGAGAAGCGGGCUCGCCGACAUUCGAGAGGGAAACAAAGGAGGCGGAAACGUCCCGCAUCUGCAGCGCGUCAAAAAGCUGGAAUAACUUCACUGUAACCGCGCCGGGAGAAGCUGUCAACUCACCAGAUUCCAUCAUGUCUUACAAACAGAUCUACUACUCGGACAAGUACGACGAUGAGAAAUAUGAGUACAGACAUGUAAUGCUGCCCAAAGACAUCGCAAAGCGUGUUCCCAAAACCCACUUGAUGUCUGAGACCGAGUGGAGGAACCUGGGUGUCCAACAGAGCCAAGGAUGGGUGCACUACAUGAUUCACCAGCCAGAGCCGCACAUCUUGCUGUUCCGGCGCCCUCUGCCCAACCAAAAGGCAUAAGUGAGCGAUGCUCUGGGUCCUCAGAAGAUCAGCCCCACUUAAGUGCUACAGAUCAACGCAUCAAAAUAGGGAUCAUGCUGUCAGACUACCAAGGUCUCUUGUGGUAGGUGACUUGUAAUAUGGGCCUGAUCACGGUGGACCUGGAUAAGGACUUUCACACUUAUGAACAAUGGCUGUGGAACGGAGUUUGCCUUGAAGGAACAAAAUCAUCACCAUUCUCGUGGGGGAAAAGACUUUUGCACGUGUUAACAGCAACACACUGUUUGCCUGAACCAUUCAGAUCAGCCAACACUGUCCCUUCGACUGAAUCUGUCUGUCCAACUUGCCAAACCUGCCUGGACAUUUGAGCUUUUUAGAACAAUUGUUAAAAGAUGUGGGGAAUCAAACAUGUGAGUUAUUCUAACAGAGUGCAUUCUGGGUAAAGCUCCGGUCACAGCACAAGCCAGGUAGGAAAGUUGGAUCCUAAAUUCAGUUUCACUCAUCUUUUGAAAUGUCAAACUGGGGUUUUACAUAUUGCUGCUCCGUUUAAAUGACGCUGUCAAUCAGCAUUUAACAAUUUGUAAUACACAUGAAAGGCUGAAUCUAUAGUUGUCACCUAGAAACUAGUUCUGAUCACUUUUUCCGGAAGAGCGUUCAUCAGAUUGAGGCCUAUGAAAAACACACUUUAGUUGAUGGGUGAUUGUCAGCUGCUCGGUAUUUAUGAAUGUUUUGACAACUCUGAAAUAAAUGUAAACCUUUAAAAUCUCCUAAGUGCAGACGUGUGUCUCGACAGUAUUUGGAGUUCACUGCUACUGUGUGGUUACGCCGGUCCACUCGACUCAUAAGAUAAAUACUUAAAAAGAAAACAUACCGGCAGUUGGCGGCUCUAAUGGCAAACGCGACCCUACAAUGCUCUUAUAGAAUAAGUGGAGAUCACAGAUGUUGGAAAUGCUGCCGCAUUUAUUUGUCUGGUGUUGUAUGAGAUCGUUUGAGGCACUUUGUCUGUGACAUUCCUCCUUUUGAAUACUUGCACCCACCUGUAAGUACUGAUGCCUUACUUCCACUCACUGAGCUGCUCUGCUGUCAUGUGAUGAUUUUUGCCUUAAAGUUCUUCAGUGACGUUGUACAUUUUGUUGAGUCUGAGACACGUGUAGCCCAAGAGCUGCUUUUCUAUUUCAGGGUCAUAAAAUCUAUAUAUGGGCAAAGUCGUGAUGUAUUCUCUAAAACAACUGAAAUCUGAUAUCUUUGGAUUUAGUGUGUACAAAGAGGAAUGACCCGGUCUGUUAACACCAGACUACUGGAUUACUACAGAUGAAGUGUAGAGUUGAUCAUGCCUCACUUUGCUUUGUAACAUGUUGCAGCUGCAUUGAAAUGAAAAAAAAAAAAAAAAUGUACUCGUCUGUUUUUGCUAAAUGUUUCUUGAAUAGUCGGUGCUGGAAUAUCUACACAUAUCUUCACUUUACUCUCUUAGCUUUUAUCCAAUCAUGUCGUGUUUUGGUAAAAAAAAAAAAAAUCAACCAGAAAACAACAUGAACUUCUUCUGACUACGCUCUUAUUUCUCAUCUGUUUCCUGUCUCUGUCAAAUGUAAAAUAAAGGAAGCUCACAUUUGGGUAGCAUCA